GUAGAUUCUGAUUCUAAUUAAUACGCCUUCCUAUUAAGUUCACCCCGUGACUUGCUUCUUUCAAGUUUUAAAGCUAUAAAAUCUCUACCACUUGAUUUCUCAAAACAGCCACCAUGAGGAUAUGCUUUACACUAAAAGCUUUGUCUAAGUCAGAUUCAAAACCAUGGCUCCUUUUCCUUUUACUCAUGGCCUUCUCUUUCAUUUUCCUCCCUUGUGGCGCCAAACCCAUCACUGGAAAUUAUAAACAAGUCAUAAACAUUGGUGCAAUCAUAGAUGUCGAUUCAAGAAUCGGAAGAGAAGAGAAAACUGCCAUGGAAAUUGCAGUUCUAGAUUACAACAGUGGCUCAAAACAUUAUAACCUAUCUCUUCACUUCCUUGACCACCAAAAUCACCCUCUUCAAGCUGCUCAAGCUGCUGAAAAUUUGAUUAAAGAGAAGGAAGUGAAAGCAAUUGUGGGCAUGGAGAGAUGGGAAGAGGCAGCUGUAGUAUCUGAUAUUGGAAGCCAAGCUCAGAUUCCAAUUCUUUCAUUUGCUGCACCUGCUAUAACACCACCAUUAAUAAUGAAGCGUUGGCCUUUCUUAGUAAGAAUGGCGGAUAAUAAUUCUGAACAAAUGAAAUGUAUUGCAGAACUUACUCGAGCUUAUAAUUGGAGAAGGGUUAUAGCAGUUUAUGAAGAUAAUACCUAUAGUAAUGGUGAUUCGGGGGAGCUGUCACUCUUAUCUCAAGCUCUACAGGAGGUUGGUUCGGAGGUCGAACACCAAUUAGUCCUUCCACCGUUUGCAGUGCUAUCUGAUCCUAAAGAAUUUGUUAAAGAAGAACUAAAAAAGUUGGAAGAAGUAAAAUCGCGGGUGUUUAUCGUUCUUUAUUCAUCAUUGCCUAUGAUUAUUAACUUAUUUAGAGAAGCUAAGGAGAUUGGAUUAGUGGGGGAAGAUACAGUUUGGAUCCUCACAGAUUCUGUCACUAAUUUCUUGGAUUCAGUUGACACUUCUGUUAUUCAUUCUAUGGAAGGUGCUUUAGGAAUCAAAAUUCACUAUUCUGAUAAUAGCAGUGCCUAUAAAAUUUUCUAUAAUAAGUUUCGAAGAAAUUUCAUGUUUAAGAAUCCUGAAGAAGAUAGUUUUCAGCCUGGAUUUUACGCUCUGAAAGCAUAUGACAGCAUUGCAACAAUCAUGAAGGCCUUGGAGAGAAUGUCCAGCAACGAGACAAGAAGUCCAAAAACGUUCUUGAAUAACAUAUUAUUAAGCAAUUUUAAUGGUUUAAGCGGGCAGAUAUGCUUUGAAGCAGGCGAGUUAAAGCGCAGUUCUAAAAUAAGGAUUGUAAAUGUAGUUGGAAAGAGAUACAAGGAUAUAGACUUUUGGUCACCGGCAUUUGGAUUCUCAAGAAAUGAAAAUCCAAAUGAUAGAGGUGCUGCUAUGGGAAUAGAAGGUGUAGUGAAUUGGCCUGGGGAUUUAAAGCGGACUCCGAAAGGAUGGGCAAUGCCUUCAACUGAAAAGCCAUUGAUAAUUGGAGUUCCAGGAAGAACAUCAUUUGACAGAUUUGUUAAAGUAAUGAAUGCAAGUGAGGACAGAUAUGAAUAUGAUGGUUUUUGCAUUCGUCUUUUCUACAAGGUGGUAGAUGUUUUGGGUUAUAAUCUAUCUUUCAGAUUUGAACCCUAUAAUGGCACCUACGACGAUCUAGUGAAUCAUGUAUAUAACAAGACUUAUGAUGCUAUUGUUGGCGACGUAACGAUACUAGCUAACAGAUCAGAUAAGGUUGAAUUCACACAGCCAUAUGCAGAAUCAGGCUUGUCAAUGAUAGUUCCUGUCAAAUCUGAAGAGUCAUCUUGGAUUUUUAUGAAGCCUUUCACAUGGCAAAUGUGGGUGGUGACUGGUGCAAUCUUGAUCUAUACAAUGUUCAUAGUUUGGUUCUUGGAGCACCAAAAAAAUCCUGAAUUUAGAGGUCCAUUGAAGAAUCAGAUAGGCACUGCUGUUUGGUUCACUUUCUCUUCUCUUUUCUUUGCUCACAGAGAGAAAAUUUAUAGUAACCUUACUCGGGUUGUUAUUGCAGUAUGGCUCUUUGUUGUGUUGAUUUUGAAUUCAAGCUACACUGCCAGUUUCACGUCAAUGCUUACCAUUCAGCGGCUGCGGCCAAAUGUUACUGAUAUUGAUUUGCUAAUAAGAAACCAUUUACCAAUCGGCUGUGAUGGAGAUUCUUUUGUAAGGAACUACUUGGAAAAUGUUUUGAAAUUCAGACCAGAGAACAUCAAGACCAUUAGCAGUGAAUACAAUUACACCGGCGAAUUUCAGAGUAGAAAUAUAUAUGCUGCUUUUCUUGAACUCCCAUAUCAGAAAGUUUUCCUCAGUGAUUAUUGCAAGCAGUAUCUUGCAACUAAACCUAAAUAUAGAUUUGGAGGAUUAGGCUUUGUGUUCCAGAAAGGCUCUCCAAUAACAGCUGAUGUUUCGAAAGCUAUAUUACAGCUAUCAGAGAACGGACAGUUAAGAGACUUGGAAAGUGAAUGGAUUUCUCGCCCGUCGGAGUGUUCAAGCGAUGCUGCUGACAGUGAAACUGAAAGCUUGAGCGUGGAAAACUUUUGGGGUCUCUAUGUUAUAUCUGGUGCAACUUCUACAUUUUGUUUUCUGCUAUGUCUAAUUCAUUUGCUGAACAAGUAUUGCCAUUAUCAAAAGGAAGAGCAAGGCAAUGCGAGUCCAAGCGAUGGGAGUGUUUGGAACAAGACAGUUAGUUUAGCAAGAUAUAUCUAUCAUGGAGAGAUUGAUAUACCAGGAAAAUCUCCAACUUUUUCUCCAUCACCUGAUGUCCAUGAAUGGAUAUCUCCAAGGAGGGAAUCUGACAUUAAUUCUGCCAUUCCCGACAGUCCUUCGGCCUUCUCUCCGGCUGAAACUGGACUGGUGAAUAUUCCAGAUUCUUCAAUAGAAUAUUCAGGUGCUAAUGAUAACCAGCCGAGAUUAGUAUUGCAACUCUAACGUCUAUUUAUUUAGAGUCUCAUUUGUAACCCUAGAUGUAAAGUUCAGUCAAAUUUAACUUAAUUGUAGUUGAAAAGUAUAGCUUUACGUCAAUUGGUCCAAUUACUAUUGCAAACAAAAUAUAAAUGGUAAUGAAGCAAAGGAUUUAUUGCAACGACCUUGAAAUUUUCUG